UGCCUUCCUUCCAGUUCCAGAGCCGCCUCCUCUCUCCUCUCCUCCUUCGUCCCCAACCCAUCCUUCUCUCGCAUCCCAGUGAGAUCACUGCGCUACAUGGCUCCGCCGCCGCCCACGACGGCGACGAGGCACUAGCGACGCAUCUCGAGGCAGCCGCAGCCGAUCCGGGGCUUGGAUUUUCUCGGAGGAAGAAGAAGGAAAAAAUCGUAGCGUGGACAAGAAGAUGGCUUCGGAAAUGGUGAAGGCGGCGACGAGCGAGAAGCUCAAGGAGAUGGACUGGGGCAAGAACAUCGAAAUCUGCGAGCUGGUCGCACGGGAUCCGGGGAAAGCGAAGGAUGUGAUCAAGUCUAUAAAGAAGUGUAUAGGAAGCAGGAGCAAGAAUGCUCAACUUUAUGCUGUCAUGCUACUGGAGAUGCUCAUGAAUAAUUGUGGAGAGCCAAUCCACAAGCAGGUCAUUGAUAAUGGGCUCCUCCCUAUACUUGUGAAAAUAGUGAAGAAAAAGACAGAAUUGCCAUGUCGCGAAAAGAUAUUUCUUUUAUUGGAUGCGACCCAAACAUCCCUUGGAGGAGCUAAAGGGAAGUUCCCCCAGUACUAUGAGGCGUAUUAUGACUUAGUGUCUGCUGGUGUAAAAUUUGCGAAUGGUCCAAAUGUUAUCGUCACACAUGCACAACAUCCAGUGCCUGAAGCAACAAUCGAACCAAAUAAGGACAAUCUAUCUAGCAGAUUGAAUGAAGGUCAGAAGGAAGCUCACGCGCAGCCUGUUUCUGACUCAAGUAUAAUGAAGAAAGCAUCUAGCGUCAUGGAAGUUUUAAGGGAUGUGCUUGAUUCCAUGGAUCCUAGACACCCUGAGGGAGCAACAGAUGAGUUUGUGUUGGAUCUUGUAGAGCAAUGUACAUUUCAAAAGCACCGGAUAAUGCAUCUGGUUAUGACGGCAAGGGAUGAAGUGGUGGUAUCACAAUGCAUAGAGUUGAAUGAAGAACUACAGAAGGUCCUUGUACGGCACGACGCGUUGCUAUCAGUGCAACCAACUACAACAGCAGUAGCUUCUAAUCUAAAGGAAGACGAGGAGGAAGAAGAUGCUGAAAGUCUUUAUCGGAGACUGCGGAAGGGGAAGGCUUUAUCACAAGACUAUUCACCUGAUUCCAUCCCAUCAUUCCGAUCCAUACCCGAGGACAAGAUGCGGCGCCCGCUCACCAUCCAACCACCUCUCCCCGACAGGAAACCCGGCGUGCUGAACAUCUGCUCACCAGAUCACCUGGAGGCAAGGCCCAACCCUGCCGCCUUGAUCCCACCGCCGCCUGCCAAGCACGCCGAGAGGGAGAGGUUCUUCCGGGAGAAGAGCCUGGAUGGCGGCGUCAACCUGCCGGGCCACCUCAGGGGCCUGUCGUUGCAGAGCAGCCGGGACGGCAGCAGCUCGUGCAGCGGCAGCACAGAUUACGGCGACUGACUGUCGAGGGGGCGGUUGCAGUAUGGUAUAUACAGUUCUUUUUUGGGUUCUUCAGGAUAAUCUCCGU